UCUGUGCCUCAAAACGUCUGGACAAAAAUAAUAACAAACAAAUUCUUUGGACGGAGGAAAGACGCUUCUGCUCGUGGAGAAGGGCGGCUUACUGCAUCCACCGGAGGGCAUUCGCCGCCUCCCGCGUGGCUCCGUUCGUGGGCGCGAGAGAAGAAGAGAGGCUUAUGGGUAAAGAAUGCUGUCGUCGUCUUGAUGUCAGAGGGAAGCGCUCGAGGGAACGGCUGGAAUACCGAGGAAUAGUUAUGGAGAACAGGCGGUAGAGGAGAUCCAAAUCCCUCCAACUGACAAGACGCGCUGGUAAUUGUCCGACCUGAGGAGUGGAAUAAUCCGCACGAAGUUUUGGAUGCCGUGCAACUCGAAUGUACUGUGCGUUGCAGGAUUGUGGAGGAAGCGGUCUUUGGGUCUGUGGCGGUGUUUUUGCAAAACUGCGGGAUUGUUUAUGAACGGAGGGAACAUUUGAAGUGAGACGAAGCCAGAGCGAAGCGCCCGAAAAAGGGGAGGGGGUCGAGAAAACGCCCUGCUGCUGAAAUCUCUCCAAAUCCAAACUUUUUACCGCGCCAUUGGAGCUAGGCUGCCGAUCUCUUAUGGGAACAUGGGAAGAGAAGUUGUCGAUCUGUCUCCGAGUUUUUGAACUAUUAGUUCAUAGGUUGAUUCAGAAGUUUGAGGGACGGUUCUCUUUUCUCACGGGAUUGUUGUUUUUUUUUUCUUUCUUUUUCUUUAUCCUGGAUCGUGCCAGACCGGGGGACAUUGGGAGAGUGGCGAGUCGGAGGCUGUCUAGGCCCACAGCCCGGGAGCGAAGAGAAGACAAUUUUUUAAUGCAAAGUCAGAAAGUUCACGAGACCGCUCGGCGGUGAUCACGUUACGCACGAGUGCAGAGGAAAGGAUAUCAUGUCUCCUGGAGCAGAAAGAAGGAUGGAAAACCGGCUGAAAAAACUGGAAGCCAUGAUCAAAGACCCGCGGUCUGCGAUCAACUUGGAAAGUUUGCUGGAUGCCAUGAACGCCUUAGUGUUGGACCUGAACUUCCCCGCUCUGCGCAAAAACAAGAACAUCGAAACCUUCCUGAACAGAUAUGAUAAAGCAAUGGACGAUAUUAGAGAGCUGCAGAUGAAGCCAGAGGAUUUUGAAAAAGUGAAAGUGAUUGGCAGAGGAGCAUUUGGAGAAGUGCAGCUGGUGAGGCACAAGGCCUCUCAGAAGGUGUAUGCCAUGAAGCUGCUGAGUAAGUUUGAGAUGAUUAAGCGCUCAGACUCUGCGUUCUUCUGGGAAGAACGGGACAUCAUGGCCUUCGCGGACAGUCCAUGGGUCGUACAGCUGUGCUGCGCGUUCCAGGAUGACCGCUACUUGUACAUGGCGAUGGAAUACAUGCCGGGCGGGGAUCUGGUCAACCUGACCAGCACGUACGACGUGCCGGAGAAGUGGGCCAAGUUCUACACGGCGGAGGUGGUCAUGGCCCUGGACGCCAUCCACUCCAUGGGCUUCAUCCACCGCGACGUCAAGCCCGACAACAUGCUCCUCGACCGCCACGGCCACCUCAAGCUCGCUGACUUCGGCACCUGCAUGAAGAUGGACUCAGCGGGCAUGGUGCGCUGCGACACAGCGGUGGGCACGCCUGACUACAUCUCCCCCGAGGUGCUCAAGUCGCAGGGAGGGGACGGCUACUACGGGCGAGAGUGUGACUGGUGGAGUGUGGGAGUGUUUAUCUUCGAGAUGCUCGUGGGCGACACCCCAUUUUACGCCGACUCACUUGUGGGGACCUAUAGUAAGAUCAUGGACCACAAGAACUCACUCAACUUCCCUGAUGACGUGGAGAUCUCGAAGGAGGCCAAAAACAUCAUCUGUGCCUUCCUAACAGACAGGGAAGUCCGUUUAGGCCGUAAUGGUGUGGAGGAGAUUAAGAGGCACCCGUUCUUCAAGAACGACCAGUGGACCUUCGACACCAUCCGAGAGACUUCCGCCCCCGUGGUGCCCGAGCUGAGCAGCGACAUCGACACCAGCAACUUUGACGAGAUCGAAGAGGACAAGGGGGAUGUGGAGACGUUCCCCACGCCCAAAGCCUUCGUGGGCAAUCAGCUGCCUUUCGUCGGCUUCACUUACUUCAAAGAGGACCAGUUGUUGACCGCUUCUAACAGUUCAGCAGCACAGGCCUCAUCCACCAAGGGAGAGGACAGUGUUGCACUCCAGGAGAAGGUCCACACCCUGGAGGAGCAGCUCAGCAAUGAGAUGCAGGCCAAAGACGAGCUCGAGCAUAAGUACAGGACGACCACUGUACGCCUCGACAAGAUCAGCAAAGAGCUUGAAGAAGAGAUGAGCAGUAGGAAAGCACUGGAGACUUGCUUAAGGCAGCUGGAGAGAGAGAAGGCCCUCCUUCAGCACAAGACUGUGGAGAGUCACAGAAAGGCAGAGAGCGAAGCAGAUCGCAAACGCUGCCUCGAAAAUGAGGUGAACAAUCUGAGGGACCAGCUGGAGGAGAUGAAGAAAAGAAACCAGAACUCUCAUAUUUCCAAUGAGAAGAAUAUUCACCUGCAGAGACAGCUGGACGAGGCCAACGCGCUGCUGCGGGCGGAGGCAGACGCGGCGGCGCGGCUGCGAAAGGUGCAGGCGGAAGGUGGGAAGCAGCUGCAGCAGUUGGAGGCGCACGCACGCGACCUGCAGGACAAGUGUUGUGCCCUGGAGAGCAGCAAGCUGGCGCUGGAGCGCGAGCGCAUCGACCUGCAGGCGGCGCUGGAUGCCGAGAAGCGAGAGGACACGCAGCGCUCCGAGACCAUCUCCGACCUGCAGGCGCGUCUCUCUGGUCUGGAGGACGAGGUGAAGCAGGUGAGACAGGCUCUGUCCAAAGCAGAGACUGAGAAGAGACAGCUACAGGAGAAACUCACCGACCUGGAGAAGGAGAAGAGUAAUAAGGAGAUUGACAUGACGUAUAAGCUGAAGGUGCUACAGCAGACCCUGGAGCAGGAAGAGGCGGCCCAUAAGGCCACAAAGACCCGCCUCGCUGACAAGAACAAGAUCAGCGAGUCUAUCGAAGGUGCCAAGUCUGAGGCCGUGAAAGAGCUGGAGCAGAAGUUACAGGAGGAGCGAUCCUCUAAGCUACAGGUGGAGAACCGACUGCUGGAACUGGAGAAGCAGAGCUCCAUGUUGGACUGCGACUACAAACAGGCCCUACAGAAGCUCGAUGAACUCCGCAGACACAAGGAGAUGCUCACUGAAGAGGUGAAGAACCUGUCCCUGAAGAUCGAGCAGGAGGUGCAGAAACGUAGCCUGAUGCAGAACGACCUGAAGAUGCAGGGCCAACAGCUCAGCAUGCUGCGCACGUCAGAGAAGCAGCUCAAGCAGGAGAUCAACCACCUGCUGGACAUGAGACGGAGCCUGGAGAAGCAGAACGUGGAACUGCGCAAAGAGCGUCAGGACUCUGAUGGUCAGAUGAAGGAGCUUCAGGACCAGUUGGAAGCUGAGCAGUAUUUCUCAACGCUAUACAAGACUCAAGUGCGAGAGCUGAAGGAAGAGUGUGAGGAGAAAAAUAAGCUAUACAAAGAUAUGCAGCAGAAUCUUCAGGACUUGCAAGAGGAGAGGGACUCCUUGGCCGCUCAGCUGGAGAUCACCCUGACGAAGGCGGACUCUGAGCAGCUAGCACGCUCCAUCGCUGAGGAGCAGUAUUCCGACCUGGAGAAGGAGAAGAUCAUGAAGGAGCUGGAGAUCAAGGAGAUGAUGGCAAGGCACAAGCAGGAGCUCUCCGAGAAGGACACCACAAUCAGCUCUCAGUUGGAGGAAGCAAACCGCACGCUCACGAGUGAUGUGGCUAACCUGGCCAAUGAGAAAGAGGAGCUGAACAACCGUCUGAAGGAUGCUCAGGAUGAACUGCAAAAGCUGAAGGACGGUGAGCUGUCCAUCACGCAGAUGAAGCAGGCGUAUGAGAAGCAGCUGCAGUCAGAGAGGACCCUCAAAACACAGGCUGUGAACAAGCUGGCCGAGAUCAUGAACAGGAAGGAGGUUCGUGGUGGUGGCAGUCGCCGUGGAAACGACACGGACGUGAAGAGGAAGGAGAAGGAGAACAGGAAGCUGCAGCUGGAGUUGCGCUCUGAAAAGGAGAAACUCAACAGCACCAUCAUCAAGUACCAGCGAGAGAUCAACGACAUGCAGGCGCAACUGGCCGACGAAUCGGUGAUGCGGGUCGAGCUUCAGAUGGCACUGGACAGCAAGGACAGUGACAUCGAGCAGCUGCGGAGCCUCCUCAACACCCUCAACGUCCACUCCCUGGACUCGGCCAGCGUGGGCAGCGGCCCAGAUUUCGACACGGACGAGUCGUUGCCAGAAACCAGGUUAGAGGGCUGGCUGUCCCUUCCGGUACGGAACAACACCAAACGCUUCGGCUGGGAGAGAAAGUACGUGGUGGUGAGCAGUAAGAAGAUCCUCUUCUACAACAGCGAGCAGGACAAGGAGCACUCGAACCCGUACAUGGUGUUGGAUAUAGAUAAACUCUUCCAUGUUCGUUCCGUCACACAGACAGACGUGUACCGUGCCGACGCUAAGGAGAUUCCCCGGAUAUUUCAGAUCCUGUACGCUAACGAGGGCGAGAGCAAGAAAGAGCAGGAGCUGGAGCCAAUGCCCAUGGGGGACAAGUCCAGCUACAUCUGCCACAAGGGCCACGAGUUCAUCCCCACCCUCUACCACUUCCCCACCAACUGCGAAGCCUGCACCAAGCCCCUGUGGAACAUGUUCAAGCCCCCACCUGCCCUGGAGUGCCGCAGAUGCCAUAUCAAAUGCCACAAGGACCACAUGGACAGGAAGGAGGAGGUGAUCGCGCCGUGCAGAGUGAACUACGACGUGUCUACAGCCAAGAACCUGCUACUGCUGGCCGCCUCGCAGGAGGAGCAGCAGAAGUGGGUCAGCCGGCUCGUCAAGAAGAUCCCCAAGAAACCUCCCGGGCCGGAGGCGAGCCACCGCUCGUCCCCACGCGUGCCCAUCAAAGUACAGGCUAGCCAGUCCAUGAGGAGACCCAGCCGACAGCUGCCAGCCAGUAAACCCAGCUAACCUCACUUUGGGAAUGUGGUGUAACUACAUGCUGAUGUGGGGUCUCCUCUCGUCAUAGCAACUAAAGACCUUGGUCAUAAUGUUUUACAGUGUUUCCCAAAUCCAAACUAGGGAGAAGGAGACAGGCACGAGUGCCUGUUUCUUGACCGUGUUGGUAAUAGGGAUGUCUCUAGCUUCCUUCCCUCACCACCACAUCAAGAGCUUUUCCGAAGUCCACCAAGAACUGCAGGAAGACUCUUCUUUCCCAACCUCAUCCCUCCCCUCCCAAUUCCCAUGGCCCUUCUCCAUCCUGACCCAGAAUGCAAAGCACAUACUUGGGACAUCGCUGUGGGGCUUCUUCGAGUCAUGUUAGCAGGCUGGUUGCUGUUCUGGUCUGUUUUGGGUUUCAUCGUGUGUGUUCGAGUACAUGCACUCCUCACUCACAGCGGACCUCGUCCUCAGGCAGGUGAGGCGGACCAACUGUACCUGGCUGCACGGUGGUGGUGGUGGUGGUGUAGUGUCUCUGUGCAUCUCUCUCCGAAUCUGAGGGCAUAUUUAGCCUCACGAGCUGGUGUAGACUUGCGGAGCCGGUGUUCUCUUCACGUUCACCCUGCCGCACAUGCCUCCACCCACAAAUCCCAUGGCCUGGCUACCACCGAGACGCAGGGUUGAGCCGCGCGCGGGGCGAGCCGUUAAACCGCCCUUUACACGCAGAACCGAGUUGAGCGCCAGUGUUUUUGGAAGAUGUGGGUUCCAUAAAGGCGUGAAGAGUUAUCCAGGCCUUUCGGAUGCUCUAGCAGGGGGAAAACUAUGCAUUUCUAGAUCUGAUUCAUUAGGAAGGUGAGCUUCAUAAACUUGCUCAAUGAGACACUAAAGUGGCAAAAUGAACACUUUCCCUGGUUGUUCCACCACCACCACCUCUGGACCUCCUUCCAUUAAGCAAGAAUUGCGCUGUUGCUUUAGCCAGAAGUGUCUGAUUCACCUCGAGUUCAGAUGAAGAGAAACGAACUAUGUGAAAUCCGUUAUAUACGUACGUGUAGUCGCCUCCAGUUAUGUUUUUGAUUUGACGUGAUCCCAGUAUUUUUCUACCAAGUUCCAUUGAGGGCUGUGUGUGUGCGUGUAUGUGUGUGUGUCUGUGUGUGCACGUGCGUGCACGCAUGCUGUGCGACUUGGGCAGUGUAGCUGUGCUGUGAAUGUUUUUGCUUUUACUGUUCUUUUACAGAGCUCGUUUAUGGCACGAUUUAUAUAAAACUAUACACCGUAUAUUUGUCACAGCAUCAUAAGUCACGUCUUUUAUUUAUGCUGGCCUGCACACUUUUCAUCUUAAAGUGCCAGGUCCAGGUUUGCAUGUUUUACAAUGCUGUAUCGUUUGGCAGUAGAACAAGACCCUUAUGUAGCCUUUGUGGUUUGAAUAUCCUGUAUAACAUUUGCUUAUUUUUGUAAACAAUAAAAUGUAAUCUGUUAAAUGAAAUAUAUAGCUGUGAAUGUAGUUAAAGAAGUAAAGUUUUAAUAUAAA